UUUCUGAAUAUGCGUGAUUUAUCUUUUCAAAAAACGACCUCGAGUUUUAACCAACAUAAUAACUUGUGAAAAUCAUUUUCAUCAUGGAGGUUUGUGAAGAAGAGAGGAAGGAAAAUAAGCAGAUGAUGGAGGUUACGAUGCACAACAAUAGCGAAGACCCAUGGCAAUACUCGGACGACUUUGCUGAAACUAACCUGCAACUACUUGAAACACAAAUCCUAAGCGAUAUCGCAUUUUCAUUUGAAGGAGGGAAGGAGUUUGUCAGAGCGCACAAGAACAUCCUUUCUAGCAGGAGUCCGGUGUUCUAUACGAUGUUCUGCGGGUCAUUGCAAGAAUCGUCUGCGGAAAUAGAAAUACCUGAUGUAGAUGCAAUCACUUUCAAACAGUUUCUAAGGUAUCUAUACACCAAAUCGUGUGACGUCAAUGCGGAUUCGGUGAUGCACUUGAUUUACCUUUCAAAGAAAUAUGACGUGCCGGCAUUGCAAAACGCUUGUCGGGACUUCCUGAAAGAAGGUUUCAAUGUGGAAAAUGUAUGCACUAUUCUUGGUCAAGCAUUGCACUUUCAAAAAGAUGAUCUACAAAGAGAUUGUUUGAAAUUUAUUUCAAACAAAACCGCAAAAGUACUAAAGUCAGCCUCAUUUAUGAGUCUUCCACCAUCUACAGUUGAAUUAAUUAUUCAGGAAGAGUCUUUAAAAUGUAACGAAAUCGAUGUCUAUUUUGCUCUUAAAGCAUGGGCUAUUAAUGCUUGCAAACAAAAGGGAACUGAUCAUACAAACACAGACAUGAUUCGUGAAGAGAUGGGCGGUUUGCUCCGGUUAAUUCGGUUUCCAACUAUGAUUGUUGAAGAUUUUGCCAAAUAUGUUGCUGAAGAUGGAAUUCUGACACAGACAGAAAUAAUUGCUAUAUAUCGGGAUAUCUUUCUUGUUGAAUCAGUGUCUGGAUAUCCAACGAAAAGUAGACGACACCCCCCAUUGCGAGUGAAAAGAUUCAAAUCCGUCAAUGCUGAACCAUGGCUACACAAUAAUCGAAUUGAUGGUAUCUGUUUUACAGUGUCUAAAUCGUGUAGAUUGCUUGGAGAAAUUCUAUACCGUCCCAUCCAUGAGGGUACGGUAAAAGGAAAGCUAGAAGUAUAUGAAGGCAACAAAUUAAAAGUAGACUCGGAAGAAUCAGUUUACUUUGUAGCAGAAAAGAAAACGUCUAAUGUGCUGUUUCCCGAAGUUCAACUUGAUUCAGGGAAAAUAUAUUGCAUUUGCCAAACGUUUACUGGAGAAGGAACAUACAGUGGAAAGGAACCACAAUCAACACACAUCGUAAAUGAUGUAGAGAUAAAGUUUGGAGAUGGUGUUGGGUUGUCGUCAAUUUCUUCUGGUCAGAUAUGUGGACUUAUUAUCGAUUUUGACCUAAAUGUUGACAAUUAACCUCAGCAUUCAUACUUUGUUUGAAAUAAAUGCCUUGCUGUUUUACGUUCUCCAAACGGAAGAUCGGUGGAUACAGGCCAGAUAUGUGGAAUCAUAAUCGAUGUUGACAAUUAAACGUAAUAAAAGAGUUUGGAAUAAACACACGUCUCGUCUAGAACCAGUAUAAAUAGUAUGUUAGAAAGCGAGUUUUUGUUUUACCAUAAUCUUUUGCGCUUUGAUAUUUUGUUUAUUUUCAUAUCUUGACUCUCUUUUAGGGUGCAUAAUCUAUUCUUGAUCGUCCAACUUGCAUAAAUUGUUAUACUAUAAACCUUUCUUUGAAUUGAAAUCAUGCAUGUUUAUUAAUCUCGUUGAUUUUUCUGCAAAAAUGCCGUAUAAUUAACCUAUCUUACCAAUAGAUGCAAUGUAUCGGGCUUGUCAAUAUCUUUGCUGUCAUAAUUGAAUUAAAAAUAAAACAGUU